GGCGUUUGAAACCAACCAAUGGUAAGCCUGUGCUGGAACUUCCUCUUUGCCUCCAUCUCCUAACCGGAGAGUGCUCCGAGGAACUGAGGAGGCGGCGGCGGUAGCUAGAGACAGAGACGUUUGCAUCUGUGGAGAGGCUAAGAUGACAGGUUCCAACGAGUUCAAGUUGAACCAGCCACCCGAGGAUGGCAUCUCCUCUGUGAAGUUCAGCCCCAACACCUCUCAGUUCCUGCUGGUCUCCUCCUGGGACACGUCGGUGCGCCUUUACGAUGUGCCAGCCAACUCCAUGCGGCUCAAGUACCAGCACACUGGCGCGGUCCUGGACUGCGCGUUCUAUGAUCCCACGCAUGCAUGGAGUGGGGGAUUAGACCAUCAGUUGAAAAUGCAUGAUUUGAAUACUGAUCAAGAAAACCUUGUUGGAACUCAUGAUGCCCCUAUUAGAUGUGUUGAAUACUGUCCAGAAGUGAAUGUGAUGGUUACUGGAAGUUGGGAUCAGACAGUUAAACUGUGGGAUCCCAGAACUCCCUGUAAUGCUGGGACCUUCUCUCAGCCUGAAAAGGUGUACACGCUCUCAGUGUCUGGAGACCGGCUGAUUGUGGGCACAGCAGGCCGCAGGGUGUUAGUGUGGGACCUGCGGAACAUGGGCUAUGUGCAGCAGCGCAGGGAGUCCAGCCUGAAAUACCAGACUCGUUGCAUACGAGCGUUUCCAAACAAACAGGGUUAUGUAUUAAGCUCCAUUGAAGGCCGGGUGGCAGUCGAAUACUUGGACCCAAGCCCUGAGGUGCAGAAGAAAAAGUAUGCCUUCAAAUGCCAUAGACUAAAAGAAAAUAAUAUUGAGCAGAUUUACCCAGUCAAUGCCAUUUCCUUUCACAAUAUCCACAAUACAUUUGCCACAGGUGGUUCUGAUGGAUUUGUAAAUAUUUGGGAUCCAUUUAACAAAAAACGACUGUGCCAGUUUCAUCGGUACCCCACCAGCAUCGCAUCGCUUGCCUUCAGCAAUGAUGGAACUACGCUUGCAAUAGCAUCAUCAUACAUGUAUGAAAUGGAUGACACGGAACAUCCUGAAGAUGGUAUCUUCAUUCGCCAAGUGACAGAUGCAGAAACAAAACCCAAGUCCACCUAAUCAUCUCGCGAAAGUGGUUUCUCUAUGGAAAGCUUUGUUUGCUUGCUUCCUACAAGUACAUGCUUAAUCCCCUCCCUAAAGGAUGUAUUAUAGUUAUUAUGGGCCUGUUAUUUAGUUUGUGAAUUUUUCUGUGUUCUGUCUUCCAAGAAAUUUGUAUUCGUAUUCUUUAAUACCUUGCUUAGGGUGAGAAAUCUUUGUACCCUUAUGCAGUAGCUGAAGAAUUUCCCUCCCUCCGCCCAAGGAAGCCCAGUUGUUGUUUAUGAGCAGUUGGGCUCUUUUUGUAGCAUAACCUAAACCUUCUUUUUCCCUGCUGCCUAAUAAAUGAGAAAUCGAGAACCCUUAAAUGUUGGAUGUUUUAAAUGUUGGUAAUUAAUGUAAUUUAUUCAUAAAAUGGCUUCUGUGAAACAAAACUUUUCAUCAUGGGUGCAUUGAAGGUGACAUUUUACCUUUCAAGUCUACUGUGUCUCAAUUAUGUCUACUCUGAUAUAUGUUGAGGAUAUAGUCCUGGAUAAAAUGAUUUGUUGGCGUUCAUCCUCUCCCUUGUGCCCCCUCGGUAGACAGCAGGGGUCUAGAACUAAACUAUAGUUUCCCUCAGGACAGGCCCAGAGUCUGGCAGCCUUGGGGAACCUUUUGGCGUGAUGCUUUCCUAGUGGUGCCAGUGCCAUGGAGCACACUUAGGUCAUGCUUCUCUGUGCUUAUGAAAUCAUUGUCCACAUACAGAGAGCCAAAUGACAGCCUGUUCUGGACUUAUCCAUCAAGUGCUGAAUCAGAAUGAAGCCCUUGGGAUGGUGAAUAAUGUAAUAGCCAGGGACUAACUGAUGGUAUUGGUUCUUUAGAGUGAUUAUAUGCUCUUAAAUGUUACAGCCAUCUUGUUGAGGACACUUUAAAGGCAUUGUAUAACAAAAAAUACAAUAUUGUUAAAAGUGACCAAAUUAAAGCUGUGUUGUGGACUUUUUUUGAAGUUGCAUUGGAGAGCUUUUUUGGGUUUCCACUGGGUGGCCUCUUCUGAAAGCAAAUGCACCUCCCUGUCUCUGCUGUGUACCUGUUUAUGAUUGUAGUUUCCCUGGCAUUUUCAUUGCUAUCCUUUGUUCAUAUUCUUUGUCUUUUCUGUUGAGGUUAUUUUCUCCCUACUGCUACUGUUUCAUAGCAACCUUUCUCCCUGGUUUCCCAGGUGUAGUUACCUUGGCAUUUUCAUUGGUUUUCUUCAUUCACACUCUUUAAGUCUUGCUUCUGUUUAGCUUGUUUUUCUUCCUACUGCUACACUUCCCAUGGACUUCUCAGUGAAUGCUGCAGCCUCCAGCCCAAGUCUUCUGUCUUAUAAAGGAGUGAUUUUCCAGUGUUUUUAUUUGUAAUCCAAGUAGGAAAUAAGUUACGAACCACAGUCCAGAACACAAGUUAAUAUACUGUGUGUAACAAAUACAAAUAAAUGGUUCAUAAAACAUUA